CUUAUGUUUCUUAAAUCAAAACGACACACAAUCACAUAAACACACACACAUUUCGAUCAUCAACAUCAACUGAUUAACUGUAGUAGUAACUAACCAAUAAAAAAUUACUACUCUAGGUUAAUUAUAUGGUUUUGUUGAGUAGGUGUAAAUCAGUAAUAUUAGUAGGCCUAUAUAAAUUACAACUUCCAACAACUAUUUCUUAUUAACACAAACAAACAAAAUUCAUAUCGAUUUACAGUUGAUGUACUGAACAGUUCAGUGGAUUAUUAUUCGCCAUAUUCAAACAAUACUAAUCACAGUCAACAGUAGUAACAAUGAUCAUUGAAUUACGUCGUUUGGGUGUUAGUCUGUUAUGCUUAGCAGUGGGUCUGAGUAUUGCAUCGUUGGUAACAAGUCUUUGGGAUUGUGGAAAUUUAUUCUCAGGAUGUCAGAAUACUGUUCAUAAGGAGACUGUAUCAGCUGUUGCUGGCUUAAUCAUUUUAGGCACUGUAUGCCUAUUAGUCAUCAUCUUAUUGGACGCCAUUGCACUGUGUUCAGAUGUAUUCGCCUCACGUGCUGCUUAUACAACUGUACGUUUCAUCAUAUUAUACUUGGGUGCUGCAGCUCUCUUGAUUGGCAUAUUAGUGUACACAUCAUUGGUCGGACAUCAUUGGUCAUACUUCUUCGCAGUGACUGGAGCUGUACUAGCAACACAAGUGGCUAUAUUGGCAAUCAUGUCGUCAAAAUGUGUUACCGUUCGAACCACUACAACAACGAGAACAAUUCGAGAAAGUCGUUUGGCACAUCGGUAAACCAAUGACCAAUUCAUUUAUUAUGCUUUGAAACAUUCAACCAAUUUCCCACAUUUUAUCCUUUCUCUCAUUCAUGAUCAUUCUAUUUCUCUUGUGACUAAUUUAGCUUGUAGUGACUCACAUUUAUCACGAGAACACGACUGGUUUAAUAAAAACAAUUAUUAUUAUAACCAAGUGUACCAGUGACUGUUUUAAUGUGCUUUUGUUUGACUGUGCUAAUGACAGCUAUUUUGUGCUUCCAUUCUUGUACUUACACUUUGAUUGUAACUUCGCGCGAAUUCGGUUACCUUCUGUAACCAAGGUUGUAUCCUGGCACGAUCUCGGUAUCCUUUCGAUGCCACGAGAUCGCCAGCUAAUAAACCUCGACUUGGUCC